UCAAGUAGAAAUUAGUUCGCUCUUUGUCUUCUCCUGGUAAAAUUUGGUUCUUCCUAGAGGACAAAAUCUUCCAUCACAUUUCUUUCGUUUUGUUCUUCUUCUUUCUCUCCUUUCCAAAUCUGGAUCAUGAGCUUCGACGGAUGCACUCCCAGAUGCUCGCCUCUGUCAUCGCCGUGGCGCCGGCUUGGGGAAGAAGAGGAAGGAACUUCUUAUCUGGAGCGAUGGAGGCAAGCAACGCUGGUGAUAAACGCCAUCCAGCGCUUCAAAUGCAAUUCAGAGCAGUGUGUCCAGAUGACCUCUCAAAGCUCGCCUAACUCUCCAUCCAGAAAAUUCAGGCUUGGAACGAAUGUCAUAAGAGCUAUAUUUCGUUUUAAAGAAGCAGGCAAGUUAGCUGGAAUCGACAGGAAAGAGUUAGUCACGCUUGUUGCUGAUCACAACUUAGAGCUGCUAGAGCAGCUGGGAGGAGUUGAUGGAUUGGCGAAAGCUCUUUCGACCAGCACAAAGAAUGGGAUCGAAGACGAGGUUCCAAAGAUCGAAAGAAGGCGACUGCUGUAUGGGAGCAACACUUAUCCUCAGCAGUCGCCAAAAGGCUUCCUGGCUUUUCUAUGGGAGGCAUGCCAAGAUUUGACACUCGUUAUUCUAGGUGUUUGUGCAGUCGUCUCGCUGGCUCUUGCCUUGGCUACAAAGGCAUCUUGGUAUGAUGGUGCAAGCAUCGCUUUUACUGUGAUUCUUGUCGUCUGCGUUACCGCUUGCAGUGAUUACAAGCAAUCGUUACAGUUCCAGCGCUUAAAUGCCGAAAAACGGAAAAUACACGUCGAGGUCUUGAGAGGAGGACGACGGAUUGGAGUCUCCAUUUUUGAGCUUGUAGUGGGCGAUGUUGUACCGCUCAAAACUGGUGAUCAGAUACCUGCUGACGGCGUUCUGGUUGAGGGGUAUUCGCUGGUGGUGGACGAGUCGAGCUUGACAGGCGAAAGCGACCCUAUGUCCAAAGGACUUGAUCAUCCAUUUUUUAUGUCUGGAUGUAAAGUUGUGGAUGGAUACGGCACUAUUCUGAUCACUAGCGUUGGAAUAAACACUGAAUGGGGUCGAGCAAUGGCAGCACUUACGGACGAUAUCAGUGACGAAGAAACGCCUUUACAAAUGAGGCUUGCUGGAGCAGCGACUGUUAUUGGAGCGAUUGGUUUGGCGGUAGCAAUCAUUUGUUUCUCCAUGCUGUUCAUAAGGUACUUCGUUGAAGACUACAAGAAAGAUAAGAAAGCUGUAGCGGUUUUCAAAAGAAAUGUCAACAUCCUCUCGGUUGCUGUAACUAUUCUAGUCGUUGCUGUUCCAGAAGGCCUUCCACUUGCCGUUACUCUGAGUCUUGCUUACUCUAUGCGCAAGUUGAUGACCCAUAAAUCGCUAGUACGCCAUUUGGCUGCUUGCGAGACAAUGGGAUCCGCGACCACUAUCUGUAGUGACAAGACAGGCACGCUUACGAUGAACCAGAUGACUGUAAUCGAGUCCUGGGUUGCCGGGCAAACAAGAAGCUUCCACGAGAUAAGAGGCCUUCCAGAUGCAGUCACAAGCGUGAUCUUUGACGGGGUUGCACACAAUUCUGCUGGAAGUGUUUACUAUACACUGGACAGAAAUGGAGUUCCUGAGGUUGCCGGAAGUCCCACAGAAAAAGCUCUUCUUUCUUGGGGAUUACAGCUUGGCAUGGACUAUUCAACUGUUAGAGCUGCAUCUUCUAUAAUAGCUGUUGAACCAUUCAACUCAACGAAGAAAAUGGCAGGAGUUGCAAUUAAGCGAAAUAAUGGAACGUUGUGUGCCCUCUGGAAAGGAGCAGCUGAGAUUAUUUUGGAUCUUUGCGAGAACUGGCUGGAUGGAGAAGGAACAGAGAAGGUAUUAUCUAGCGAGAUGGUAAGCUCAAUCCACGGGACGUUAACUCAUAUGGCUGCUUCCACCUUGCGCUGUCUCGCAUUCGCAAUUAAAACAUAUAACUCCAUGGAUGGGAGGCCAAUUCCAACGGCUGGCCUCACGUUUGUCGCCUUAGUCGGCAUUAAGGAUCCUUGCCGGCCUGGUGUGCGAGAAGCUGUUCGAAAAUGUCAAGACGCAGGAGUGAAAGUUCGAAUGGUUACUGGUGACAAUGUUUUGACGGCCAGGGCCAUCGCGAGCGAGUGUGGCAUCCUCAUGCCUGGUGGAUUAGUCUGCGAGGGGAGUUUUUUCAGAAACCUUACCGACAAUGAAAGAUUUCAAAUUGUCCCAAAGAUAGACGUUCUUGCAAGAUCAACUCCAUCUGAUAAGCUUCUUCUGGUCAAAACCUUAAAGUCUCUCAAUGAAAUCGUUGCUGUCACGGGCGAUGGCACAAACGAUGCUCCUGCAUUGCGCGAGGCACAUAUUGGGCUAUCCAUGGGAAUUAUAGGCACUGAAGUCGCAAAGGAAAGCUCAGACAUUAUUAUUCUGGAUGAUAACUUUGCGUCGGUUGUCAAAGUGGUGCACUGGGGUCGUAGUGUUUACGAGAAUAUCCAAAAGUUUAUACAGUUUCAACUCACAGUUAACCUUGCUGCCCUUUCGACUAAUUUGGUAGCUGCUGGGAGAUCUGAAAAUGUACCACUUAACACUGUACAGUUGCUAUGGGUGAACCUGAUAAUGGACACGCUUGGGGCUUUAGCACUAGCAACAGAGCCUCCAACAGAAGAAAUGAUGGAAAGAGCUCCUAUCGGACUAAGCGAGCCGUUGGUCACAAAUGUCAUGUGGAGAAACAUCUUUGGCCAGGCUGCAUAUCAGGUUGCCGUGCUGCUGGUGCUGUAUUUCAGAGGCGAUCAGAUAUUACAUUUGAAGGGAAGCCCGGCUCAAAAGAUCGUACUACGAAACACGAUCAUUUUCAACUCUUUUGUGUUAUGCCAGGUUUUUAACGAAAUCAACGCAAGGAAGCUCCAGAAACUCAAUGUGCUCAAGGGAGUCUUUCAGAGUUAUCUGUUUUGCACCGUCAUAGGCGUUACUUCUGUGAUCCAGAUUGUGAUCAUCGAGUUCCUCGGCAAGUACUUCAAGACAACCCGACUUGUCAUUCACUACUGGCUCCUGUGUGUUGGUAUUGGCUUUCUAAGCAUCCCUCUCGCUUGCCUCAUGAAGCUUGUGCAUGUCCCGAAGAAACCGAUUUUCAAUGCGAACUGGUCACGCCGACGUCGCAGACCACAACAUCCAGGGACCGAUACCAAUGGAACUUGCUGGGAGUGGAAGAAAUGGAAUAAGAAUCAAAGCAGAGGAUUUGAGCAUGCUGUACAAGUAGAGCAGUAGUAAGGUAAAGCUGGCUUUCAAGGAAAAGCUGUUCUUCUCAUUCAGGAAAGAUGGCGAAGUCAUAGAUC